AUGAAUCAACACACUUUUCACGUGGACUCUCAAGGAGGAACGGUCAACUUCACGAUCAACAACGUCUGCAACAUCAUCGUCGCUCCACACACCUUCGCGCCGCCACCCUUCCGCCAGCCACAAGAAAACCCUCCAACCUACAACACUCACCAAAACGAGGGUGCAACAAAAUCAAGAGAACACGAGCAGAACGACAAUGGUGAUGCUCCGAACAGAACUACGAAUGCUACAACUCUUCCAGAAGGGCACUCAGAUGAACUUCCGCCGCCAAGUGAAAAUCGGUCGCCUCCCAAUGUCAUCAUUCUUCCGUACCUGGUAGACAAUGAGCAACAGGCUGUGAUACCUGUGGAGCAUCGUUUGCUUCCAUCGAACAAUCCCUUGAGCGUCGCCACGCAAGGAGAAAUCACAGACACUGAGAGAAGAGAUUCAGAACAGGCGAGAGGAUAUGAUGAGUCAGCACAAACUGGUCAAACCUUGGAGGCUGAUGCGCGUAUUGCUGAAAUGUCAAUAAAUGAUGCGAUUUUAACUGAUGUUGAAAUGGAUGUCACUCCACUUGCUGAGACUCUUAUAACUGAUGAUGAAACUGCUGCUGCUCAAACCGAGGAGGUUCAAACAGCUGAUGGUGAAACAGCUCAUGCUCCAAUCAUUGAUGAUGGCCCACCAGUUGAUGAACAACUUGCUGAUACUCCAAUGGGAGACACUUCAUCAACUAAUGUACAUUUGGCUCAGAACUUGGAUACGAUGGCACCUACAUUUGAGUGUCCGAAAUUCCGAAAUUUUCCUGUCCGCACACCCCUGAUGUACGCCACCAAGUAUCCCAAAAAUGAGAGCUACAACAGAGUAUUAGGCAAUUCCCAAUGCAAAACGCAUGUCAAAUCGUACUUGGCCGACGAAAGUUUCAUCAAUGAAAUCGAAAUGAAUCUGAACGAAAAAGGGAAGAAGGAUUUCCACGACAUUAUCAGAACCACGAUCGAUCAUUUUGCCGGAGACGCCGCGACAGCUGUUCGAUUGGCGAACAGAUUGCUGCAAUCAAAAUGA